UCGAAUUCUAGAUUGCGUCCCAGCCCCACAAAUUUCCCCGUAUUCGGGAUCCCCGGAUCUUCCGGUUUGUUUAGCGUCAUCAUGGAGAGAGGAAGUUGCUUCAGCUGAACAACAAAAACAAUUGAAGCCCGUCUUUGUGUCAAUGUCAAAUACUGAACACGGUCUUCUCUUCCUGAAAUUGAAAUACCUAUAAUUAGUGUUGGAGUAAAACUUGAGUCCCAUAACCGCUCAUUGAAGCUUCUUGACGACCGGGAAACAAUCAUGAGUUACAAUAACUCGGUGCUUACCAUCACGACGUCUGCUGUCCCUGAUCCUUACGUGGUCCAGGCCCACGGGAAGUUCUAUUUGGUCUAUACCGCUGGAGAUCGAGUCGAGAUCUGGUGCGGCAGCAAUCUCUGUUGCUUGGAAGGGACUUGCCAUAAGACCGUCGUCUGGCGACCACCGCCCGACAAGGAGUACUCUGGCGGCAUCUGGGCUCCAGAGCUCCAUAUUGUUGACGGAAGAUGGUAUAUCUACGUGUCUUGCGAGAAUCCUCGAGAAGGAAAUAAAUCUCAUCGUAUGUACGUGAUCGGGGGACCACGUUCAUCCGAAGACCCGUGCACCGGCGGAUCGUGGGAAUUCCUAGGUCCAUUGCGCGGCAUGCCUAAUCAAUGGGCUAUUGAUGGCACGGUUGCGAGAAUCAACAACCAGAACUACUUCAUCUAUUCUGGCUGGCCGCUGCAUAACCCGUCGCAGUCCGACAACGUCCAAUGUCUUUUUAUUCAACGUAUGACGUCACCGACCGAAACUGUCGGCGAGCCAGCCUGCAUCUGCGAACCUCACGAGCAUUGGGAGAAAUCGGAUGGGAAAGGCAUCAACGAAGGACCGCAAUGGUUUGCCUCGCCUGAUGGUUCCUGGCAAGGGCUCGCGUACAGCUGUGCUGGAAGCUGGACUCGAGACUACAAGAUGAACACCCUCCGAUACACUGGGGGGGAUCCACUCAACAAAAGCAGCUGGCAUAAGUCUCCCCAGCCGUUGAUCCAGGCCCGCAGGCAUCCGCCAUUCGGCCCUGGACAUGGCUCGUUCCUUCGUCAUGAUAACGGCGAGACGUUGAGUGUCUAUCAUGGUACGGAUCGGGAAACUGACGGCUGGGAGAACCGCAAAGCGCGACUACAGCGAGUGGCUUGGACUUCCGAAGGGCCAAGUAUGGGCACUGGCAUUGUGGGAACUUUGGUGAAUGACGAAGGAAUGUUUUGGACGAUGCCAGCUGCAAAGGACGAACGGUUCCGAGAUGGUGUUGACGAUGCAGUGUUUGAUAUGAAGGACAAGGUCGAUGGCUUUAAGAAUGAUGUGACAGGGCAUCUUGGAAGUUUGAAAGACAAGUUUCGCAAGUUUUGAGAAGCGGGAUAUUCGGUGGUACUUGGUAGCCUGAAUCCGGGAAGCUGGAAGUCGUACGGAGUAUUGAGUCGCGAGCAGAAUCGGUUUUCGGUUUUACACUUUGAUUUGUUCUCACGGCACGGUCCUCCUAUUACGAAUCAGGGACGCAGAUAAUAUAAUCCCGCUUUCCAAAUUACACAAUCC